AUGACUAUUACUCUUGACGACGUCAGGGGUCUUUUGAGCAUCCCAUGUAUCAAUGAAGAUUUGGCAAUUGCUGCUGCUGUUGAGUUGUUGGGGGUUACAUAUGAUGAAGCUGUCACUGAGACUAGGACCAAUAGAGGGGCUUCGUAUAGUUUUGAGUGGUUGAAAGAGGUAUUUUAUAAGAAAUUUCAUGAACGAAGAUAUGACUGUGCAGCUAGGGCAUAUCUACUUCAUUUGGUAGGAUGUACCAUUCUUGCGGAUAAAAGUUUUACACUUGUAUCUGCAAAAUAUCUCUUUCUGUUUCAAGAUCUGGAUAGUUGUGGUAAAUGGGCAUGGGGACCGGCUGCACUUGUUGUGCUAUAUGACUAUCUUAGAGACAAUACAUUGCCUGCAACCAAACAGAUUGGAGGAUAUUUGUCUUUAUUUCAGACUUGGAUUUAUGAACAUUUCCCUGAUAUUUGUAAACGGGAUAUGGAUGAGCAUAUUUCCUCGAUGCCACGGAUGUUUCGUUGGACGGCAAAACAAACAUCUGGGAAUGUGGCAUAUUACAGGGCAAAGUUGGAUGCUUUGAGGGAUACGGAUAUUAUCUGGGCACCAGAUUACGAUCAGAACGCUGUGACACGAUUUCAGUCUGUGUCAUUAUUUACAGGAUACAUUCGUUGGUGUUUCACGAUGGUUCCGUAUUUACCUGAGAGGUGCAUACGGCAGUUUGGGUAUACUCAACACAUUCCUCCUACACCACCGAUGCUUGUUGCACGUGAUGUCGACGUUGAAUGGAGUAUGUACCGGAAUUCUGUACGAUCACUUCGAGCUAGAUUGCAUCCAGCUGCAUAUCCACAUGAGUGUGUUGAGGGAUACAUCCAGUGGUAUUAUAGGAUAUCUCAUCCUCGGAUGAUCCCUUAUGUUGCUGCAUAUGCUGGUCCUAGUUAUGAUGCUGAUGCUGGUCCUAGUCAUGAUGCUGAUGCUGGUCCUAGUCAUGAUGCUGGUCCCGAUACUAGUUGUACACGGUGUCACGCAGUUGGUGGUCUUAUACAGCAGAGUUUAGAUUUGCAUAUGGGUGGUCCUGAAGAUGAGAUGCGUGUCUUAUUGGAGAGAGCUUUAUAUAUUUCUAGAGGAGGAGAUUAUCAGUAGUAUCAUAGUUGUAUUAUUCAGACUUAUUUUAUUAUUCGUGGGUUAUUUGUUAUUCAGACUUAUUGUAUUAGCGACUUAUUCAGACUUAUUUAUUAGCGAUUUAUAUA